AUGGCGUACCAAAGCUUGGCAUCGUUGGUGUUGUGCUUUGCGGCUGGUAUGCAUAUGGCCAUGCACGUCGACGCCACUGGCGGCAGAAAUACAGAAGGUGCCCUUGGCAAAAAAAAGAACAAAGGGCACAAUCGCGAUGAUGACGAUCGCCGAAGCCGUGAAGGUUUCUCUGCUCCCGGUUUUCGCCACGAUGAAAUGCAAGCGCUCCUCCAGAAUAUUAAAAACCAAGUGGAAACCUCGUCUAGUGGUGGUUCGUCGACAUCCUAUAGUGGUGGGUUGCGUGAGGAUUUAAAUUCUUCUGAUAACGUGUUUUACGAUGCGGAAUCCGUAUUCCAUGGGAGCGAUUUCGUGGUUGAAGCCGCAAUAAACGAGAAGGGCAACUUCGUGUUGUCUUGCCCUCUAGGUUAUAGCGUCUCGGUCCAGGACGCUUCGGUGACCUGCGGCAACUAUGUUGUCGACUUCAGGUUGAAAGCUUGGGACAUCUGCAGAUUGAAGGACACUUGCAGUGUGAGCUACGACGACAUGGGGUAUUGUUCUAUGGCGUGGGAGGAUGUAAAGCUCACGGCUGUCUGCACAAAAGUGCGCAUCUACGACUGCUUUCUGUUCAGACCGGUGGAUAUUAAUGACGCGGAGUAUUGUGAGCACGUUUGCAUGAAUUUCUCCAAAAAAUGCAAGGGAGCCGACGUGCCGCUUGCUAUGUCCAUGCGUCUAGACUGUAUGACGUCGUAUUUCAAAGCGAAUAAGCUUGACUCCAAGUGCGCGUACGUGUUCGAGGGAAUGGACGAUAUGCAGGCAGAGAUUAACAAUGAGGGGUCCGGUCAUCGGCAAUACGAAAUGGGAAAGGUCGAGGCAUCCAAUGUGAAGUGGACAGAAGUCAGAUUCCGCAAACGCAUGGACGACCCGGUGGUAUUCACGUCGCUCCCACUUGCGGAGGUCAAUUUCAUUUACAUGAGCAUAACGGACGUUACACCCACCGGGUUCAGGAUUUUGGCGCGCGAGUGGAUAUGCAACGCUAGAUGCCGAACGUUGGAAACGCAACAAAUGCACACAGUGCAAUGGCUGGCCAUUAACAGGGGGGACCACUCGCAGAAUUUGGACGACGGUAUAUAUGCGGGCGUGUUGGAUGUGAAAACCAGCGGCAAUAUUAACCUGCCCAUAGAUCCCAAUAAGUCGUGGAGUGUUCUGGUCCAGAUUCAAGAGCGCCCGUUAGCGUUGACCGACAUCCUCGACAUUCUCAACCCCGCUCUGGUCAUACCUGUGCUGUACGAGCAGAGGGAAGGGUUCCACGUGAAACUGCUGUACUCGGCCACUGAGGAGACGAAAUUCGAUGUGAAGCUGGGUUAUCUUGCCGUACAUCAGAAGGAAACCAACGAUUUGUACGGCCUGCUUUUGAAGCCGUUUGCCGAACCGAUGGGCAACUUUGAUAGGGCCGAGAUCACAUUGCCGAUACCGAAUACUUGGCCUGAAGCUGUGCACACGUUUGGCAGCGUCAUGAUGCAGACAAAUCACUUGAACAGCGCGUUACGGUUCGACGUUUGUUCGCUGCUCAUGAAUUCCGUGGCGCAAGAUGCGGCCGGCGCCGACGAGAACACAAGCUACAACUUAAAACUGGAAUUCAAGAUUGAAUACUUGACGGAACAUGGUGUUCGCUCUAACCCCAGUAUCGUCGGUUUCGUAAUUCAGGAUAAGGCUGCCGCACUGCGGGAAAAGAUAUGCAGGCAUGCGACUAGAAUGAAUUCCCGCAGCAGCAGCCAGAUGUGCCACGACCUUUGUGUGGGCCCGCAGGGCAUUAUACGCUGCAUUUAUAAAGAAGAUGUCGCAAAAUGUUUCGAAGAGAUCAGCCAAUGCAUUUUGAGGGGGCCUCAUAUGCAAAGUCUCCUGGACGAAUACUCUGCCUACAUCGUGUACCUUGAAGCAGAUGCCAAGAAUAAGGGGGCAGCGGUUGCCGCCCCCAAUGCCGUGGAGGAAUCGAGAGGCCGCUCGCUUAGCGCUGAAGAUUCUGCGGACCCUCCUGAUUCGGCCUUGCCGCCAGACAGCCCCCCUGCGGAGGAUGACAGGGUUGUUGUGGAUCGCGACUGCAUCGAGGGCCCUUGGGGCGAGUGGUCCAGCUGCAGCCACCUGUGCCACACCGAUACUGUGAAGGCGAAACAACGCCGCCGUCGCCAGAUCUAUGCCGACAAAUUGGGCAGCAAUUCUCGGCCGUGCUUGCUAGUAGACAGCCGCACGUGCGAGGGCGUUCCUCACUGCUCCGAGUUCUGUUACUCCCGUGAGGGAUCUGGCGAUGAGCAAACCUUCCAGCAGAGGUUCUACUACAUCUGGUCGGACAACUGCAGGAACCCGAACGCGACGUCUGUAGUUGAAAAGGAAAGCUUUGGGUACACUGGGGGGUCGCAGUUCGAUACCGUGGUUGUCACCCGCAUGGGUAUUCCGAACCUGCUCCCACGGUCACCCGGCUCUCCGUCAUCGUACGCCGGAGACUCGGCGAGCGGAGUCGACAGCCAGUGCAUCGAUGCCACCAACUGGUCCAAGUGCAACGCGCCCUGUUUCCUCGAAACACGUGACCAAGCCAUUGAGUACCUACGUGCGCCAAUAAAGUGCCUGGACCACCGUCGUCCGUGCACAACCAAGCUGGCAGAGUGCCCGUCCGAGGAGUCGCUGCGGGCUGUGGAGGAAUUCGGUUCGUGCUCGCUGACCCACACCUUCUACGACCCCGUGGCGCAGUCCUGGACCAGAGACGGCGCGUGCGUCUGCGAGGGCGGCGUAGCGUGCACUCCGCAGGAGGUCUACGUCCUGGGUGACAUCCCUGAGCUUAUAGCCACUGGGUCCGACACUCAUCUUGAGCACGUGAUCCGCGCGACUCCAUUCCAGCCGUACAUAUCGCUGGCGGACAACCACCGCAUAGAGAUGCCUGCGGAGAUGGUGCGUGACGUGACGUACGGCCUGUUUAAACCUGGCGAGGUUGCCAACUUCUGCGCCACCGGCAGCCCCGAGAUUCCUGCGUUUGACCAUAAACUCAUCUGGGUAGACUGCAGUUUGGCCGUGUCCUCCGUGUAUGGCCGUGAUCCCCGUUGCUCGUCGCGUUGUGCGCUGCUGCGGCAAACGUGCCAUGAGGAGAUACCUCGAGAGGCGCCCGAGACGAUAGGCGAAUGCGUGAAAGCCAGGCUCUCCAAUGCUAAGGAUGACAUUUACGUGUUGAAUUUCAAGCACCACAAAUGCACCAGUCCCGUAUCGGGUCCGGGUGUUACCGCUGAGGAGCAGGUUUGCAACGUCAAAUCGUGGCUGGAGAGCACCACCCAGAUGUGCACGCUGCUCUGCCGCCGCAUGUUCAACAUGUGCAAGAUAAAGUCGCUGCACGCGUACGAGGAGAAUGUGCGCAGGUGCAUGCUGCGUCACGCACAAAUGAACGAUGUGCCCAUGGCCGACGGCACCCCCAUGGAUUUCAACGUGCUCUGCACCUACAAACACACCAAACUGGUCGGCGGCGGUCUGGUGUACUGCAAGAAGCGCAAGUCAACGUGCACGUCCGAGGGCUGGGAGCCGUGGAGCGAUUGCUCCGCGAGCUGCAUCACCCUGCGGGAUGGCACUCCGGUCGUCCCCACCCGUCAACGCAAGCGCAAACAGAGCAUUGUGACUCCCGCUGAUCACGCCAAUUGCGUGCGGAAGGGCAUAAAGUUUUACGAGGAGGUACCUUGCCUGUGGCUGCCGCAGUGCGCGGACGACCCGUCGAUCCAUGCGGCGAUAUCGAAGACUCGUGCUCGCGUCGCCUGGGACGUGCCGUUUGACACGCCAUGGAACCUCCAGAGCUGGCUGCUGAAGGACGCCCGUGAUGGCGAGAGUGAGGUUACCGAGGACCACAUGUGCCAGCUUUUCAGCGGGCAGCGCGACAUUUCGAACAACAAGAUCAUCUACCAGAAGAGCCGCUGCUCGUGUCCGCGUCAAAUGACGGCAUGUACCGUGCUCGAGUCUAUCCACUCGUCCGGCUGGUUUUCCAUGCUGCAGCUGCUGUGCCAGGAGGACUCCAUGCGAUCUGUGAUGUUCAGGCACUCCAAGGGCUACUACCGGUACAGCUGCCUGAGCCGCACAUUUUUACGUGAAGAUUUCGAAGCGCACAAGGAGCUCUGCAACGAGGGUGACGGCACGUCGUUCGUGAGCUGCCAGGGUCCGGCGCAAGACACGCACGUCUACGUCUUCUCCGCGCUGUCUCUGGUGAUGGGCGCGCUCACCGCUGUGCUUGUGGUCACUUACACGCGGAGCAGGUCGUCUUUGCUUUGA